CUGUUACUCUGGACUUCUCAUUAUCGUGUUGUACACCAGCUGGUGACGGUUGUAAACUAAGGAAGAACUCAACACACAAGUACAGAUUCAUUUAUAGAUAGAAUACUAUUGUAUGAAUAGUAUCGAAUAGUAUUCUAAAGCUUGACGCUCUAAGUUAUUGUUCCAACCGUCAACCGAACAGUGCGUAAUUUACGGUUAUCUACCAAGAAGAGGAACUAUGGACGUGAGCGCUGAAGCCAAACGGAUCAUGGCAGUGUCCAUUAGUAAACUGUACGCCUCCCGAGCACAGCGAGGAGGUAUGAGGCUACACCGGAGCCUGCUGCUCUCCGUGGUCAUGCGUUCCGCCCGGGACCUGUACCACUCCGCCUGCCUGGCCAAGGAGAGAGAGGAGCUGGGAACCGCACACCUGGUCCAGGUCACACCAGAGGAGGGUGCGAUGGAUACUACUGCCAGUGGGGAACAAGACGAGGUGGAGGUGUCACAGGUCGAGCCUGAGUCGCCGCUGACCCCAACUAUCCAGGAGCCCAUGUCUAGUGACUCUGAUGCCGCUCAGGGCGCAUGCAAGACCAGGACAUUUAUUGGGAAGGAGACGGUAGAGGACAAAGAGAACCGGAGCCCUGUGAGCCCAGACAGGCAUUCCAGGAAACGCCGUGGGAAGGCGUCCGUCGCGCCCGAUUUCCUCCCCAGCAAGAGGGCGAGACUUUCACUGGAGCUGGGGGAGGAGAGGGUGCUUAGAACCGGCCGAAGGACCUGCUGCCGCGCCGGGGACGCUUUCACCACCCUGUCCCUAAACUCAAACCGGGCCAUUGCAGCAUUCUAAACUGUGAAAACGGCUCUGAAUGGAGCUUUGUUGUUGAUAGGCUAUGAUCGAACUGAUCUUAACCUCCGGUAACCGGUGGAGAGGCCGGUUUAAAUCCAGGUUUAAAGGAUGGGACGGGUCAGGAGGAAGUUGACCUACAUUGGCGAGCCCGCGGGACAAUGGGAUUAUCGGGGCCAGGGUGCGAUGUCUCCGGCCUCACGGCGACCAGGUUAGGCUACACCCUAGAACUGAGUCUCAGCCGUGGCUCGACGAGAACAAGAGAAAGAAGAAACAGAGAGAGAACACGAGCAACUCACAAACUAGAACGAGACCAGACUCGACCAGAUCUCAGUGACUGUGUUUGGAAAGUUUGAGGAAGUGGUGAAACUCAGAGACAGAAAAAGUGUUUCGGUGGAAAAGUUCCAGGGCAGUCAGUUCCUGACGCAUAGCUCGUGGAGGGAUGACUCAUAAAGCACGAAACGGAUACCAGAUGUUUAAAGUUGACGUGUCAACGGUCAACACACAGAGACACACCGGGAAAUAACCCACUCUGCUGGGUAAAACUAUAAAAACAACCGGGGGAGGGCACACAUUCACCCACUGGACUUUGAUCAAUGACUACGAAUGGGAUUGUGCCAGAGACUGUACUGAAAUGGUGCUCAACAUACAGUUUAAAUCCAGGUUUAAAUGUCAAAUGGCAUAGUAACAUAUAACCAAUGUUUAGUAGUGACACCAGUCUCACCUGUUCAAUAUACUGCACUGACAAUGCAAAUGUGAUAAUAACUACAGAGAAGUAGCCUACAUGAAAGGUUGUAUGAACUGUGAAAUAAGCUAUUUUUAUAUAUAGAAAAAUAUAUUUUUUUACUAUGACCUCAUGACUAUGAUCUUUAUAUCAGAGUUGUAAUAAACAUUCUAAAACUGUA